AUGAGGCUACAACUGGCAUCCGGGCUGCUUGCUACGAGCUUGUUGUGCGUCACCGGGCUUGAUCUGUACGACGACGGCGCCCAGACGGUGUUCAGAUCGACUGCGACAGCCGAUGACGUCCUCGCCAGCCGACUCGAGAGUCUCCCUGAGUCUCACCUGGAGCAGCUCGUCGAUCACAUGCGUAGCCUGCCCGAGAAGCGUCUGAUCAGUACAUCUCCCGGCGAACAGCGUUGGAUCACAGAGGGCGAGAAGGCCUUGCUCGUCCUGUCGGGCACACGGUUCAUCGAUCUGACGGACAGCAUCGAUGAGCGCGCACUUGAGAGCAAGUCGAUGGAGACAUUGCCUGCUUCCCUCAAGCAUGCAGACAAGCUGUCCGCAUACUUUGACGCACUAUCGACCGAUCGCAUGAAGGCCUUUCUCACGACUUUCUCUGGCUUUCGUACGCGCUACUAUCGCAGUCAGACGGGCAAAGAAUCAUCUGAGUGGCUACAAGCUCAAGUGCAGCAGCUCGCUCUCAAACACAAAUCGCUCAACAUGAGCGUUGCUGCCUUUCCGCACUCAUGGGGCCAGUCCAGUGUCAUCGCUCGGCUACCGCGAGCUACCCAUCCCGACGCUGCUAUCGAGGCCCAGCUAGCCCGAGACGAACAAGUCGUCAUCAUCUCUGCACAUCAAGACAGCACAAACCUGCUGCCCUUCUUGGCUGCACCCGGCGCAGAUGACGACGGCAGCGGCAGCACGACGAUCUUUGAAGCUCUCACUGUUCUGGUCGAGAAGCAGCAUCGACCCGUCAAUCAUACUGUCGAAUUUCAUUGGUACAGCGCAGAAGAAGGCGGUCUGUUGGGCUCGCAGGCCGUUUCGCAAGCAUAUGCUGGCAUGGGUCAGAAAGUCAAAGGUGUUCAACAUUUCGACAUGACCGCCUGGGUCAAGGCAGGCACAGAGCCAAGGAUGGGCAUCAUACAAGACUACAUCAGUCCCGAGCUGACCGCCUUCGUCGAGAAGCUCGGUAAGGAGUACGUACAGAUCCCACUAGUACAGACUCAGUGCGGCUAUGCAUGCUCGGAUCAUGCGAGCUGGACCAAAAUUGGUGCACCGAGCGCAUUCGCCAUCGAGGCGACGUUCCAAGACAGCAAUACGCAGAACAUCCACUCGACGCGCGACACUAUCGAUCACCCAGAGUUCUCCUUCAAGCAUGCUGCACAAUUCUCAAGGCUGGCAAUCGCCUUUGUAGCAGAGCUCGCUGGCUAG